UAAGCGAAUGGCCAGAUUUCAAUGUUGUCUUGUCUUUCUUUAGUUUUGUUUAAAUAUUUACGUAUUUUAGUAAUUUUGUAUUUUACAACUACUAAAACUGAAAAAUACGUCAGUAUCACUUAAACAACAUAUGAAUAGAAAUCAAUUAAAUAAUAUCUCAUUAUACUAUAUAUACUAAUUUUUAUAAAUCCAUUAAAAUUAAGGCGUUGAAAGCAAUUAUUAUGGCCGUCUCCAAACGUAAACGUUCAGACGAGAAAGAAGAAUUACUAGAAAUUGGAGACGCUGUUAACGUAGUUGGCAGUAGUAAUAUCAAAGGAGAUGAAUUAAAUAUUGCAGUUUUAUUAUUUCUGUAUACUCUCCAAGGCAUUCCUUUGGGUCUAGCUGGAGCUGUGCCUAUGUUGCUACAAAAUAGAGGCAUAACAUAUACUCAACAGGCAGAGUUUAGCUUUGUUAAUUGGCCAUUCAGUGUAAAACUAUUAUGGGCACCUAUUGUAGAUGCCCUGUUCUGGCCUAAAUUCGGUAGACGUAAAACAUGGCUUGUUCCUGUACAGUAUUUAAUUGGGAUUGUGAUGAUAAUUAUGUCCGGGAGUGUAACAGAUUGGUUGGGAUCAGAAAGUCAAGCACCAUCAAUGAUGAUCCUUACAAUAUCAUUCUUAUUUCUCAAUUUUUUGGCUGCCACUCAAGAUAUUGCUGUUGAUGGCUGGGCCCUUACAAUGCUUAAAAGAUGUAAUGUUGGACAUGCAUCUACUUGCAAUACAGUUGGACAGACAGCUGGCUUCUUCCUUGGCUAUGUAUUGUUCUUAGCUCUCGAAUCUCCAUACUUUUGCAAUAAAUAUCUACGUGCAGAACCACUGGAUCAUGGUCUUGUCACACUGUCUAGCUUUCUAUUUUUUUGGGGCUGGAUGUUUAUAAUAACAACAACAUUCAUUGCAUUGUUAAAACACGAAGCAAAUGAUAUGGCCAAUACUAAAGAGAAUGAAGUAAAAGGCAUUAGUGAUAUAGUCAAUGCCUACAAACAACUAUAUACUAUUGUGAAAUUGCCAGCUGUCCGAACAUUGGCUUUGGUUUUAUUUACAGCCAAGCUUGGUUUCUGUGCUAGUGAUGCAGUCUCCGGAUUGAAGUUGGUUGAAGCUGGAGUACCACGUGAAGAUUUGGCUUUACUUGCAGUACCUUUAGUUCCCGUUCAAAUUAUAAUGCCUGUGAUCCUUGCGAAACACACCACUGGUCCGGUCCCACUGUCCCUGUGGCUCCGAGCCUUUCCUCUUCGGUUGCUAGUGGGGCCGCUGGCUGCGGCUCUAGUCGCUAUCACGCCGAGUCUACUUGGAAAUUCUGGUCCUACGUACUCCUAUCUGUUUAUUUUGAUGAUGUUAUAUGUUUUCCAUCAGACAUGUUUAUAUUGUAUGUUUGUGGCCGUAAUGGCAUUUUUUGCAAAAGUAUCGGAUCCGGCAGUCGGUGGGACCUACAUGACCUUACUAAACACUGUGUCCAAUCUUGGCACCAACUGGCCCAACACACUUGCACUUUGGGCCAUAGACCACUUAACUUUUAGGUCCUGUUCAUUAUCAGAACUAAGUGAUAAUACUUGUUCAACGAAAUUGGAAACAGAGCUUUGUAAAUCAAAAGGCGGCUCGUGCGACAUUAGAAUAGAUGGUUUCUACAUAGAGACUGUGAUUUGUCUAGUGCUUGGCUUCGUGUGGUUACAAUGGGGACGACCAACAAUCAACCGACUACAACGACUACCGGCGACCGCCUGGCAGAUUAGUAGGUUCGACAGAUAAGACUGAAAGGUAUACAUUACUUUUAAAUUGGAAUAUGCUAAUAUAAAAAAUACAGCGUCAAUGAAACCUUGCAGAUAGUUUAAUUUUCGCAAGAUAAUUCAGUAUACUUAGUUAUAUACAUUUGUAUAUUUAUGUAAAUAUGUAUAAAAUGAAACAAUUCUGAUAAACUUAUGAACCAUUCCAUGUUUUUCUCUCAGUUGAUUGUGUAGACAGUAAUAGAAAUAAGUGUGUGACUACUUUUGAUGAUUUGUCUUAUUAGAUACAGUCAUAUUAUGUGUUCUUAGACUAUAAAAAAAGAAGACGUCACAGUAUAUAUCAAUAAAAUUUAUAAAAAUACGUCAUCCGUGACUUUAUCCGUUUUUUUUUUUAAUAUAAAAUGUCUUAUGUCCGUCCUGGUUAUAUAAUCUAUUUUUAAAUAUUAUUAAGAUCCAUUAAUGACUGACCAUUAGUCAUGAAAAUGUAACAAACAGAACACUUUCUCAUUUAUAAUAUUAAUAAUAUGAAUAAUACAGUAUCAAUAAAAUCUCAGGUAGUAUAAUAUACUAUCACCUGGAGUUGUAUCGAAUAUUUUUUGCUACACGUUUCCUUUUUUUCUAUGGUCUUAGUAGAUGUGUGGUGUUGUGAGAUUUUGUUGAUUAAUAUUUAGUAUAGGUAAUC